AUGGCUUCUCGACCACCCAAUUUUCUCCGCAAUCUCCGUCUCCAAGCAGCUCGAAACACUAAACCGCGUGCGUCGCAACGAAAUAUUUCCACCCCCGCUCCCCCACAGCCACCAAAGCUGUCACAGUCGAGCCCUAGUGAUGCUCGAUCUCGCCUGCGCCGGCUCAACGACCGCCUCCCUCGGUUUCUUCGCGCAUAUACCACACCCUUACUUGGGGCGCCGGUCACCCAUAUCACAUCAUUCCUAAUGCUUCACGAACUCACUGCUAUUGUUCCACUAUUCGGGCUAGCUGGCGCAUUUCAUUAUGGUGCCUGGAUGCCGGAUCUUGCAUCGCAGACAGGCGAGACCAAUGCCUUCGACGAAGGAGCGGCGCGUUUCGGCCGCUGGCUGAGAAAGAAAGGUUGGGUAAAUGAGGCCGAUGUGAAAACCGUUGCGGAGCAUGAAACCACCGGAAGUAAGGCAGUGGACCGAGCAGGUGUUCAAUUGGUGCUGGAAUUUGCUACGGCCUAUGCGAUCACAAAAGCUCUGUUGCCAGCCCGGUUGGCAGCGAGUGUUUGGGCCACACCGUGGUUUGCAAGUUCGGUCUUCACACCGACAGCAAAUCUAGCCAGGCGACUCUUCAGACGAGGAUGA